CCGGCCCCGCGGAGCCGCUCCCGGAGGGCGAGGAGCUGCGGGACCGCGGCGCCGGGCGCUGGAGACUGCUGCGGCUGCUGGAGCAGGGAGGCUGCGGGCUGCUCUACGAAGCACAGUCAGCAUCUGGAGCCUGUCCUCAAAAGCAAAGAUUCUCCCUCAAACUUGAUGUCAAGGACAGUAAGAUCUACAACGAACAGAACUUUUUUCAGCGAGCUGCGAAGAAAGACAGAGUGGAGAAGUGGAAGAAGCUGCACACUUUGCCGCUGCUGGGAAUCCCCAGCUGUGUUGGCUUUGGACUGCAUGCAGAUAAAUACAGGUUUUUGGUGUUCUCUGAUUUAGGGCGAUCUCUUCAGUCCAUCCUGAGUGACGGCUUGCACCUGAAUGAGAAGGCAGCUUUCCAGAUUGCAGUCCGGCUGCUGGACUGCCUGGAGUACCUUCACGAAAAUGAGUACGUGCAUGGGGACAUCACAGCUGACAACAUCUACGUGAACCCAGCAGACCUCACGCAGGUGACCCUAGCAGGCUACUACUAUGCCUUCCGUUACUGCCCAGAAGGGAAGCAUGUGGCUAGGCGUGAAGGCAGCAGGACUCCUCAUGAGGGCACUAUAGAGUUUAUCAGCCAGGACAGCCACAAGGGAGCAGCACCAUCUCGACGGAGUGACUUGGAGUCUCUGGGCUACUGUCUUCUGAAAUGGCUCUGCGGCUUCUUGCCUUGGUCUAAGGAGCUGGACAAAGUAGAAACUGUGAUGGAGAAGAAAGAAAUGUACAAAAAUGAUGUGACAUGCCUUCUCCGACAGUGCUUCAGCAGGCAGAGGUCAAUUCCAGACGCCCUUCAGAGCUACCUGCAGCAAGUAAUGGCCCUAGAGUAUGAGGAGAAGCCUAACUAUGAGGCCCUGCGGCAGCUCUUCAAAAAGUCACUGCAGAUGAUGAAAGCUUCAGCUUAUGACUCUGUGGAUAUCAUGAUAGUGCCCUAAAUCAAGAAAACUUGCACAGGACAACGCAGUUCAGAGCUUUUUGCUUUGUGAGGCUUUUCCAAAAGAUGUCAGACAUUUUACCUAGUGUUGUUUUAUAGUAAACUUACUGGAAAGCACCCAAAGCCCCCAGCGUGUGGUUACUGGGGGAAUAUUCCAGGCCUUGCUGUGGCUUUCUUUCCUCCUGGGGAUGCAGUAGACUUGUGAUUUGAGCCCCAUGUUACCUUCUGUGCAGGGUCCUCUCCCAGCUGCUCGUGGUAUGGAUGUAAAUAGCCUAGAGGCAGUCCCUCUUAGAACUGAAGUUCUUAAUCAUGAUUAAGAACUUGGCUCAGAGCUGAACUAUGACUUCAUCCCCAAAUGCUGUCUUAAUUCUUCAAGUCCCAGCUCAGCACUAGAGGUGAAUGGAUACCAGCCAUGAAAGCAAUACAGGGAGCCAUUUAUAGAUGUAAAAACAAAUUUUAUAAAAAAAAAAAGUCACUACAUCCUAUCUGAACUGUUGUCAUCUGCCACAGUAACUUCUAGACAAGGGAAAAGUCAUAGAGUCCAGGUCCAGUGUUAAAUUCAGUGACAACUCGGGGAAGUCUUAAAAAGAAGUAAUGAACAUUCAAAUACCUACAUAUAAAAAGAAAGCUGUUUUCCUAAUGUUGACAGGCUGAAGGAGCUUUAAGCCAGGAUGGCUGGGCUGAGGUCAGUGUAAGAAGUUCCUUCAAAGCCCUGAUACAGUACAGAGGAUUGCAAUUUUGAUAAGAAAAGCAUAUGCUACCCUUGUGGACGAGGAUGCAGUUGCAAGGCUUAAAUUAGGGCUUUCUGUAAGACAGUUUGCCUUUACUGCAUUGCUGCCUGCUUCUAGUGUUCAAGUGAGGUGUGCUUUAUUAAAGCUCAUGGAAUUCACAAGGAUGACUGCAAGCCAGGAAGUGAAGGUGUGCCACUGGCUGGAGGUGGCUGCUGAACCAUGCUGAUCCAGCAUGGACUAACAGUUCACAGAGAUCACAUUAAUGCUUCACUGCCCAAUGCUACAGUAAGGCACAGGAGGAUGACUUUUCAGGGGAAGGAACACAUGGCAACUAAGGCCUGAGGCAAACAGGGUUUUUAAAACCACGAGAGGUAGGUUAAAAAAAAAAAGCUCAGACCUGCAAUGAGCCUUCAUUUACCUCUUGACUGUAUCCAUAAAAACCUUAUAUCAGUGCAGCAAAAAG